AUGACUUCUCCCAAAGACGUGACCAGCAUAGUGCGAGAGAACUUGCACCUCGUGUUUGGAGAGGCAGAUCCGGAAAAGCGUCUCGCAGAGCUCUCUCGCCUAUGGGUUCCUUCCUCCAAGAGUCUAUUUAUCGACCCACUUGGUCUGUUCCGUGGCCAUGAGGCGAUCAACAAUCUUAUCAGCUCUCUCCAUGCACAGUACCCGGGAAUGGCAUUCACAGAGCUAGGCCCAGUUCAGAUCUUGUAUCAGAGUGAAGAUGAGGACCUCCGUGUUGCAAGGCUACCGUGGGGAUAUGGUCAUCCUGGAAAGGACACAGAGAUUACCGGAGAAGAUGUCGCAACAGUAGUGGGAGGAAAGAUGGAGAGACUGUACACCUUUCUCAAUGAGUGA